AUGGGUCCGGACACGUGCUCCGCCCCGAAGCCUGCAGGGUCGGGGCGCGAGCAGCCGGAGCUCAAACAGACUCCCUUGGAACUUCUGGAAACCGUCGGGUGCGUCCCUCCAAGGUUGCGCCAGAGGCCGGGCCCCAGUCCGCAGCCCAGAAGCCGGAGCCGGAGCCGGAGCCGGAGCCGCCACGGCGGCCGCAGCCGGAGACUAGGCCGAAAGCCCAGGCCCAGCCCGGGCGGGACUCCGGGAGGCCGUCGGAGCGGGGGGCGCGCCCGCGGGCACAGCCGCUGCACGCCUCCAAGCCCGAGUCAGAGCGGCCCUUGCAGUCAAGUCAUGGACUGGAACCCAAGCUUAACCUGGCUUUGGGGCAGCGCACGCAGUCCCUUGGGGAGGUCCGCGAGGGGGCCUUCAGGCCCGCCGGUGUCAUGGUCACGCUCAAGGUCACGGUCGGAAAAUCAGCCGUCUGAGAGACCCCACUGCCACACCGACUGCCUGGAGGCGCCUCUCUCCCGCGCCUUCGGAAAGCUGGGGUGGGUGGUGGGCUCGCACCCCUGGAUCUUCCUGCUGGCGCCCAUUGCGCUGACGGCCAUUCUGGGCACCGGCUUGAUUUACUUACCCAAGGAUAAAGAGGAAAACCUGGAGGAGCAGUACACCCCCAUCGGGAGCCCGGCCAAGGCUGAGCGGCGCUUUGUGCAGGGACAUUUCACCGCCAACGACUCUUACCACUUCUCCAUCUCCAGGAAGAGCACUGAAGUCAAUUUCGCUUGCAUUCUGGCGGUCUCCAACACCACCUCCAUGCUGGAACAAGAAAUCCUGGAAGAAAUUAGUAAACUGGACGCUGCGAUACAGGAUCUGUAUGUGACCAAGGAAAACGGAACCCAGACCCGCUACGAUCAGGUGUGUGCUAAGAACGAGGAUUUCUGCGUUCCCUCCAACCCGCUCCUGGCUGUCUGGCAGAGGAACAAAAACCUCGACCUGGGAAACGUCACCUUCCCAAUCUUCAACCCAACAGGCCAGCCCAUCUACCUGGCCGGGACCAUUGGAGGAACGUUUUUAGGCAAGAGGAUGGGAAAGAACCAGUUACUCGUGAGGGCCAAGGCCAUGCGGCUGCUGUACUUCCUAAAGACUGAGGAUGGCGAGGUCAACGAGCAUAGCAAGAUGUGGCUGAUCCAUUUCCUGAACCAAUUUAGCAACAUCGAAAAGAGUCUGGCCUUGAAGAAGAUCCAGGUGGUCUACUUUACAUCACUUUCCAGACAACUGGAAUUUCAAGCCACUUCUAUGACAGUGAUCCCUUUGUUUCACUUGGCAUACCUUCUAAUCAUAUUAUUCGCAAUCAUAUCAUGCUACAGGUGUGACUGCGUACCUAACAAAAUGUGGACCACAGCCUUUGGGGUGAUUUCUGCUGCCUUGGCAGUGGUGAGCGGCUUUGGCCUGAUGUUGUACAUGGGGGUGCCAUUUGUGAUCAUAGUUGCAAAUUCACCAUUUCUUAUUCUGGGUGUCGGGGUUGAUGAUAUGUUCAUAAUGAUUUCUGCCUGGCAGAAGACCAGCCUCAUGGAUAACAUAAAACAGCGUCUGUCCAGUGUCUAUUCCAAAGUGGCAGUGUCGAUUACAAUUACCACCAUCACCAACGUCCUGGCCUUCUAUACAGGGAUUAUGACCUCUUUCAGGUCCGUACAGUACUUUUGCAUCUAUACAGGAACAACCCUGCUCUUUUGUUAUUUCUAUAACAUCACCUGUUUUGGGGCCUUUCUGGACCUGGAUGGUAAAAGAGAAAGAGUCUGUCUACACUGGUUGAAAAAGCCAGAAACUCCUGACCAAAAAUGCUCCUCAUUAAAAAGAUCCUGCUGUCUUCCAUGUGAUUCUCUCCCGGAAGAAGAAGAAACUGAUGUUCAUCCAAUGAAUGUGUUCUUUCGGGACUAUUUUGGCCCUAUUCUGACAAGAACUGAGUCCAAAUUUUUUGUAGUGCUUUUAUACAUUUUGUACAUCAUAAGUAGCAUCUAUGGGUGUUUCCAAGUGCAGGAAGGUUUAGACCUUCGAAAUUUGGCAAGUGACGAUUCCUACAUCACACCAUAUUUUAAUGUAGAAGAAGAAUAUUUUUCAGAUUAUGGUCCCAGAGUUAUGGUUAUUGUUACAGAAACUCUUAACUACUGGGAUGAAGGUGUUAGGCCAAAACUGGAAAUAUGUCUGUCAGAUUUGGAAAACAGUGACCAUGUAGAUAAAAGUCUUACAGAGUUUUGGUUACGAGAGUAUGUGCAAUAUACGGAAAAGAAAGAUGUAAAUGAUAAGGAUACUUUUAUGAAUAAUUUGCCCAAUUUUUUAACACAUUUUCCACUUUUUAUGUAUGAUAUUAACAUUUCAUCAUCACAUGAAAUCAUUUCUUCCCGGGGCUUCAUUCAGACCGUGGGUGUUUCUUCUUCAAUCAAUAAGAAGAUGAUAUGA